CGGAAGUGAUUUUUCAACUGCAUGAGAGUGACCAAAAAAGAAAAUAUAUCAUGGAACAAAACAACGAUGGUGGUAACUUGUCUCAGGUCCAGCAUGUGGUGUUAGUGCUGUCGGGUAAAGGGGGUGUGGGCAAGAGUACCCUCACCACAGAGCUGGCACUGGCUCUAAGACACGUUGGCAAAAAGGUUGGCAUCUUAGACGUGGACCUGUGUGGGCCCAGUAUUCCACGCAUGCUGAAUGUGGGCAGGCCAGAGGUGCACCAGUGUGACUCGGGGUGGGUGCCCGUCUACACAGACGCCCAGAAGAGCCUUGCGCUCAUGUCCAUAGGCUUCCUACUGGAGGACCCAGACGAGGCUGUGAUCUGGAGGGGCCCCAAGAAAACAGCUCUGAUUGGCCAGUUUGUAUCUGAUGUGGCGUGGGGUGAAUUGGACAUUCUCCUGGUGGACACGCCCCCUGGGACGUCUGACGAACACCUAGCGGUUCUGGAGAACCUGAAGAAACACAAAGUGGAUGGCGCCAUUCUGGUCACCACACCUCAGGCUGUCUCGACGGGGGAUGUGAGGAGAGAGAUCACCUUCUGUAAGAAGACAGGCCUGCGAAUCCUGGGCAUAGUGGAGAACAUGAGUGGAUUUGUUUGUCCGCAUUGUUCAGAAUGCAGCAACAUCUUUUCCAAAGGUGGAGGAGAAGAGCUGGCCAAACUGACUGAAUCAGCAUAUCUAGGCUCUGUACCCCUGGAUCCUCUUCUAAGCAGAAGUAUCGAGGAAGGCAAAGACUUCAUCCAAGCAUUCCCUGACAGUGCCACCUUCAGUGCAAUCAACAGCAUAGCACAGAUCCUCUUGGCCAGCCUUCAGAAAGCUUGAGCAUGUUCUGGACAUGAACAGGUUGAGCUGCCAGGACAUUUCUAGGCGUUCUGCUGUUGUUGUUUUUCCAUCUAUUACUUCACACUUCUUUGUUAUGUUUUAUUAAACCGUUUCUGAAUUCUGAAUAAUUCUAAAUUCAACACUUUGGUUAACACACCUAAAAUGCUGACUUGUACCACCCACAUGAACGGACAGCUGAAUGUACCUAUAGACAAAGCCCAUUUCAAACAAUUCGGUUUGACAUAUUUUAACCUGACUAUAAUACCGUGUAGUUCCCAACAGCUGUCCAUCUAAAAAUAUUAAAUUAUUCAAAGCUAAUAUUCAUAAUGAGGCCUCCUUGCUAUAUAUUAUUCCACUCACUCUAGAUAAGAGCCUGGAUUGUAGAGAUUGCAGACAAGGUGUUGACCAAUGUGUGAAGCAGGUGUGAAGAAUGAAGCAGUUUUCUCAUACAGGAAGCUUUGCUGUUUGUGAUACAAUACUCUUACAUAUUUUUUUAAUUAAAAAUAGAUUUCUGUGGUAUGUAUAAUGAUUCCCCUCAGUGAGGUGUAAUUAUUUGUACAGUACAAUGUGUAAUAAACAUUUUGUAAGUGGCCAACCUUUGAUUUGCUUGUGUUUAGUAAUAUAAAAUAUUAUUCUCUUUAGCAGACAUUAUAUAGAAAUCAACUUGGUCUUGGAAAGCAGCUCAAAUCUAAUUGAGAAUCUCCUUUAAUUGAUAGGGAACACAUUCAUCAACACUACAGCAGACUACUGUGAGUACGAGUGGUCAUACAGGCUUUAAGAUUAGUGCUUGUUAAAUGAGUCAACUGAGAACAAAAGCAAACUGAAUUUUGGCAUGUAAAUACCACAAGCUCAUUUUGACCUGGAUUAAAUGUUCUGAAAACUGCCCUGGAAGAUUUGCCUUGACAUUUUUCCUCACGACCGACCAAACACUUAACUCCAUGCAUGUUUAAUGGCAGUAAUGUGAUGAGAAUGAGUACAUGUGA